GAUGGAUGAGAACAUUGAGAAGUUCUAAGUUUGAUAGGGCGUCUGAUAGGUACAAGAUAGCUUUAUGGCGGGGCAGUUGCUAAUUUAAGCGCGGGGCUCUACGCAAUAAGGUACGUACCUGCCUAUCAACGCUCUUUCUAGAUGCGCUAGACGGAGUACAAAUUGCAGCUUGGCUGUAUGAAAAGAAAAAUUCACCAAGCAAAAACCCAGAAAUUUUAUAUAUUUGGAAUUGAUUGCCCAAAAUGGCGGAUGGUAAUAUCUCUGAGGAUAUUAAAGCAACAGAAGCUCUACAUUCUGUAGAAAAGUCGCUCAAACAUACAUCCACUACCGAACCACAUGUUGAAAACUCAUCAGACAUCGUCAUGGCUGACGGACCCGCGUCUAAGAGACAAAAGCUCGACCACCAAGAGGCGAAACAGGAAACCCGACAAUCACAACUAAAAGACAGGGUUCGAGGUGUUGCGCCUGUGAAAGCUGAAUAUCUAGUUUCAUCCGAUGAACCAGUCAAGAUCGUGGAUUAUGAUGCGGCAGAAGCCGGGACAACUAUAGAUGACAGAGACGGCGGCAAGACAGAUGACCGAGAUGGUGGCGGUAAAAGAGGCAAGAAUCGAAAGAAGCAAGGUGGUCAAAAUCAGAAUCGCAACUACGGCCAUUUUGAAGAUGCUAUACGCCUAUGCAACAGUGUCACCUACAGCAACGAGUUCUCGCCCAAGACAUGUAAAUUCGGCGAGAGGUGUAAUAUGUGUCAUGACCUACGCAAGUAUCUCAAAGAGGGCCGACGUGAAGACAUAGACACCCUAGACGGCAAGUGUCCCGUUUUUGAGAAAUACGGUAGAUGUACUGCCGGUUGGAAGUGCCGAUUUGUAAAGAGCCACUCGGAAGAAAUCGAACGAGAGGAUGGUCGAAAAGAGCUUAUUCUUCAGAACUCUGAUGCUAUGGACACCAACGAGGACCCUGAUCAGAGGCCAGGUGUUGUAAAUGUCGUGUCGACCGAUACCAAGUGGGAUCUGGCCAGAAGAAAGGUCAAUUUUGACAAGUCUGAACCGUAUAUCAAGUGGUUGGAAAAGGACACGGAUAUCACAAGAAAAUUCCACCACGCCAAGGAUCAAGGAAGUGAGGAAGCAAACGCUAUUAACAGAGAAGAAAUCAGAGCUCAGUUUAUUGAUCCGCCGCUCAAGCCGUCGGAGAAGAGGAAGAUCUACUUCGGAAGGGAGACGCCAGUCCUAGCACCCCUAACUACACAAGGAAAUCUACCAUUUCGACGACUAUGUGUGGAACUUGGAGCUCAAGUCACCUAUUCGGAGAUGGCUAUGGGUAUGCCACUUGUCCAGGGACAAAAAGGGGAAUGGGCACUUAUGAAGGCCCAUGAAUCGGAGAUUACUCCCCCACGGUUCACGACUGGCAGAGAUACGGUGGUAAAGGGUUACGACAAUGCGAAGGAUCUCAAGUUCGGUGCUCAGAUCUCGGGUAACCAGCCGUGGGUGGUGAUGAAAACGACUGAAGCUUUAACUCGAUUCCUCCCGCAUCUCCGAGUGGUUGACCUGAAUUGCGGAUGUCCCAUCGAUCUAGUCUACAAGGCGGGUGCUGGUUCUGGUCUUCUUGAUACACCUAGUAAGCUAGAGAAAAUGGUUCGAGGCAUGAACGUUGUCUCUGGAGAAGUACCUAUCACAGCCAAGCUACGAACUGGUGUCCGAGAUGACAAGGCAACAGCAGACAAGCUUAUUGAGAGGCUUGCUUUUGGUGGAUCGGACACACGUAGUAGAUUAGGAGCCCCUGGGUGUGCAGCAAUCACAUUGCACGGGCGAAGCAGACAGCAGCGAUACACCAAGAGCGCUAACUGGUCCUACAUUGCUGAAUGCUCGGCCUUAAUCAAGUCGUAUAAGGACAAGAAGGACGAGCUGACGGAUACUGCUAACGAAGCUGACCAGAGCACCCAGGCGAAUACCUCCGACGAAAAGAUCUACUUCCUCGGAAACGGUGAUUGCUAUUCCCACGUGGAUUACUUCGACCAUGUCGACAACGCCGGUGUUGAUACUGUCAUGAUCGCGCGAGGCGCUAUGGUCAAGCCGUGGCUCUUCGAAGAGAUCGAGAAGGGGCAAUAUCUAGAUAAGUCGGCAUCUGAACGACUAGGCUAUAUCGAAAAGUUCGUACGUUACGGAUUGGAAGCUUGGGGAUCGGACGAGAUGGGGUUGGGUUUCACGAGACGAUUCUUAUUGGAGUGGUUAAGCUUUACUCACCGUUACGUUCCGAUUGGCAUCCUGGAACAUCUACCUCCUAGCCUCAACGAUCGACCACCGAGAUAUCAAGGACGGAACGAUCUCGAGACUCUUCUUGCCAGUGAUCAUUACAAAGACUGGCUUAAAAUUAGCGAGAUGUUCCUUGGCCCUGCUCAUCCAAGUUUCAAAUUCCAACCGAAGCAUAAAUCCAACAGUUACGAGAUUGAGGCUGAGGGAUAAGUGGCCAUCUAUAUCUAGGGCCGAUGUACUUUUGUCAUCCGAUAGGUCCGUGAUGGUUGGCUCCGAGGACAGAUGUCUGCUCUGUAGCUUUGCUGGUAGAUAAACACAACUCGUGGCAACACAAAUAAACCGAAUGCGAAUGACUCAUCGAUGCUAGUUUGGUGAAUGAAACAUAUUAUAGUCCACGCAAUCCUAAUGACCUGAUAUUGCAACAGGACAGAUUGCAGGAUCCUAUUAAGCCAGACUAUCAGGCGGAGUGUGUUUGAAGGCCAAGCUCCGAAUCUUCAAGGUUGUUGGACGAAAAGGCUAUGGUUGUUACGCGGUUACAAUCGUGAUGAUAUCCAAAAUGUUAGGUAUUUCUAUUGAAUGAAAUAUAGAA